CCCAUCGUGCCCCACACCUGCUUGCUGCGGAGUGACUGUCUGUGUGUUUGACUGUCUGUCUGCAACCAUGCAUGAUCUCUGCUGCUGCUGCAGUGUAGUGUAGUGCAGCUGAUGUCAUGGAUGUUUGUGGGUCUGGUUUGCUGGUGCACAGCUGUUCGAAGUGACUCAAGUUUAGUGAGAAAGAGCUUCUUGUUGUUGUUGCUGUGUGGGAAUGUGUGCUCAAGGGGGUAUUUCAGCUUGGACUUUCUUUAAUUGGGUCCCUGUAGGUUUUCUCUAAGUGGCGGAGUGUGAAGCAAGAUAGAGAUGGCGAGAUCGGGGAUGGCUCUUGCAGCUGUGGUGUUCGCGAUGGUGGUGGUGGGUGUGAUGUCGGCGUCGACUCCCUCAAGCAACUGCGAGUCAGCUCAGAUGAAGUUAGUGCCGUGCCUUACAUAUGUGACGGGAUCGGAUUCGAAACCACCCACGGAAUGUUGCAGCGGCUUGAAGGAUUUGAACACGAACAAUCCCACUUGCCUGUGUCAAUUGAUCACGCAGCUGAACAGUACUUCCAGCGGAUCGUCGAAUGUUAACGUUGCCAAAGUGUUAGCCCUUCCAAGGGAUUGUUCGGUCACCUUGAUCACCAGCGAUUGUCCAGCUCUGGCCAAUUUACCUCUUGCACCACCAGUGGCUGGAUCUUCAGUUACAGGUCCUGCCGCAGCCCCCGCAUUAACGAAUGAUGUUUCCCGACUUCUGCACACAAGCUGGGUGGCGACCUUGGCCGUUGCAGCUGCAGGAAUCGCUUCCAUAUUCUGAGAACCUAUAGCUAGAAGAGGAUGAAGUUAGUUAGUUAAUAGAGGUUUCUGUUUUCGCAGAUGAUCCUCAUGUUUAAACACCAUUUUUGGUACACUUCGGUUUAAUACAAUUGUUGGCACAGUUUAUGAACA